AUUUUUUUUUCAAUGCUCAAAGGCUUUUACCUAAAGUAAUCCGCAUUACAUGGUCUUUUUUUUCUGUGAAGGAAACAAAGGUUGUAAAAGCUGGGAACAUGUGGAAAAAUCUGUGUUUGAUUUUGAUUUUAUGCAUGCACGUUUCAGUGGAGGGAGCGGAGCUAGAUGUGACCCCGACCUCCUUUUUACCGGGAGUGACCAGAAGUGUUCAGUUGGUAUGUCGUCCGUCCGAGACCACCGACAUUGCCCAGCUGCUCCUCCUGCAGAUCCUCAAGGUGCAGGCGAGUAACCGGGAGCCGCUGGUCACCUACGUCGUGGGCAACCCCGUCAAAAUGGAGGACAUAUCCGUGGGACUCGGUAUAACAGCAAAGGAAGUGUACCAGGCCACUGAUCUGAAGUCGUCGUUGCUGAGAGUCACUAUCAGCGAACCGGAGGACUUCGCGGCUGGCGUGUAUGUGUGCGUUGUGGAGUCCAUCGACAGCAAAGGCAGCCUCCACCGUUUCAUGGACAGCGUAGAACUGGUGUCCUUAGAUCGAGAAGGCGCGGUGCCCAUCUUCUACAAAACAGUGCUUCGGGAACUGAAGAGUGACCUCGACAUCCUCGCCAGGGACUUGACGUCGGUCAAGGACACACACUCAGACGUGGAUGCCCAGAGGGACAGAGCCCAGACCUGGUUGUCAUCAACUGACAGCUCCUCCAAGACAAUGUCAGAUACAUCCAGUGCAAUCGACAACAUUUUCCAAUCAGCUCGCAACCGAGGGGAGGAACUUGGCAGGGAGUUGUCUCGGCUUCGUGACAUAACUCCUGAGACCAAAGUUAGCUUCUACGCCUACCAGGCGCCGCAGACGGUGAACGUAGCCAGCAACGCUAACGUCGUCUUCAACACACUGGCGCAGCACACCGACAACUCCUACAACAUCACCAACGGCAUCUUCACAACGCCAGUCAGGGGCACUUACUUCUUGCGAACCGGCGUGCUGGUGGGGGCGGGGGUGGCUUGCUACGUCAGCAUCGUGGUUGGAGAUCACAUCGUGGCGUCGCUCUACGCCUACGACGACUACAACUUCAAGCACUCCACCGCAAGCGCCGUCGUCAGCCUCGAGGCCGGCCAGCAGGUCAGGGUCGUGCACAAGUCAAGCGUCGCUGUUGCCCUUCAGGGGUUUUCCACUACCGCUACCCUGGCCACCCAUUUUAUGGGAGCGCUGCUGUGGUAGAUGAACAGUCAUAUAAUGCUUUGAGGUUGGCCCAGUGUUUCAGAACAUCGUGUGUCAUGGUCUUUCUUUUUUUUUUUUUUUUUCAAGAACCACUAAAGAGU